CGCUACAACAACAACACCAACAACACAAAGCCAGAAAGUUUCGUUUUGCUCCGAGUGCGCUUAAAAUAUUGAAGUUAAACUCGACAAGAAAUUUAGUCGCAGAAAUAUUGAUUAAAAUACUCUUUAACCUUCAGGUUCCGCCUUUGUUUUAAAACAAGGUUGUCUCUGUAAUGCAGUGUAACUGAAAAUUGAGAUUAAUAUAAUGCAUAUAAGACUUUAUUAUACAUGUACAGUGAUAUCACUGUUAAUUAAAAGUAAUUAUUAAAAUGGCCAAUGUCGAGAAAGCGGCUAAAGGAACUAGAAAAGAGAGCAGACCUCCUGAGGGAUCAUCACAUGAUAAGAAGCGUGGGAAAGCAUCAGAUGAGUGUCAGUGUGCUGUGAAUGAGGAGCAAUGGAUGAGUCCCACUGUGAAUGAUGAGGACAUCCUGAAUCUGGCCAUCAGACCCAAACACCUACAGAAGUCUCAGUUCACACAGCUGCGAGCCCCUCGACCCCCAAAAGACUCCCAAAAGCCCAGAGCGACAAGCCGCGUGCUGGUCCGUAAGACCCGCUCUCCUGAUGACCUCAGUACUGGUGUUAGGGUUGCCAUGGCGAGGCUCCUCCCAAAGAAUGCUGAACUUCAGCCACUGGAUUAUACUGAUCCUGGAGGGCCACGCUUUGAUGCCCAGGGCAUGGUCCUGCCGCACAGCAUCCUGGGAAGUCUGGAGGACUUUAGGAAGGAGAUGGAGGCUAGAGGAGAGAUGGAGCUCGUUAAGAGAAUUCCUGAUGUGAACAAACAACAACCUUUGGGCUGUGGAGGACAGAAACCUGAAGAGAAGACCAAAUCUCGUCUACACUAUGGGCAGGACCAGCAAGGACACGCCCUUAAUCACUGGUCUUAUCACAUGGCAGAGAGACGCCGGCAGAAGAACUUCAUCUCCAAUUUGUUGCAGAAACCGGUGGAGGAUCUGCUGAUGAACCAUUCGAACAGAUUCAGAGAAACUCAGGAGCAGAGGGAACUGAUUAGCCGAAGACUUCCCGCAUUACACUAUGGACAUGGUGCCCGUGUGGGCAGUGAGUUCUGGAGUGUUCCACAGCAAUUUGGGGAUGAACUGAGUGGAAUCACAGCCACACUGACCCAGCAGGAGAGAGGACACGUGAAACCCAUCACACACAUCACACAGCCCCAUAUAACACGCCUGGAGUCUGGUAAUGUCCUAUCUGAGCGCUCAGCCAGUAGAGUGUGGAGUCACAGUCAGUUCCUGAAGCAUCGCCAAAAUGAGCUCAGAAAUGUACUGAGUGACCUCGAAUUCAAUCAGCCUGAGAUGGAUGGGUUGGAGAUUGUGGGCACUAGUCAACCUUUCACCUCUGAGUCAGUGGAAUUCUGUAGGAAGCUGGAGCAGAAUGAGGAGGACAGGAGCGAGGGAGAGCAAAAAGAGAAUGAGGACCCACUGGCGCUUUUUGAUGAUGUCAUGCUAGAUGUGGAGCUGCUUCCUGCUCUGAGGAUCAGUGGUGAACUGGCAUGCUGGACUGGAAGCACCACCUCUCAUCAGGGAGAGGUUGGUGUCUCUGUCUGCCUGACAUUCGAGGCUGUGGUGGGUGAGAGCACAUGUUCUCACCUGGAACUGAAGAAUGAGGGAAGCACGGCCAUCUACUACAGCUGGCAGAAACUGGAGCUGCCACAUAGCUUUCCUGAGGCCAAAACACAUAUGCACACUCAGCAAUUUUACUUUAACACAGCAACAGCUGUGAUACUGCCAGGCGAUAUCAUGAGAAUUCUGUUCAUCUUUAAGACUGUGAGCCCUGGGAUCAUGACAGAGGCAUGGAAACUGCACACACACCCUGUGCUGAUGGGCGGAGCCAUACUUCAGGUCACACUAAAGGGCAUGGCUCUGUACCAAGACAAAACUGCUGAACGGAGAACAGCCCUAGAGAUGGAGCUGGAGCAUCGAGUGGCUAUGUCAGUCUGCAGGUCUGUGGUGUUCGAGUUGCUGCAUGGGAUUCAUACUCCAGAAAGGCCAAGCUCACCAGCUCAACUCUAUAUGACAGAGGAGGAGCAAUUUAAUGCCCAGAAUCCGAAUCUACACUAUCAUCAUGAGCCAGUGGAGGCAUUGAAGGGCCUGUGGGAGCAGGCAAAAUGGUCAAAGGUCAAAGAGUCCAGAGCAACAGAGGACGUCUGGGAUCUGUGUUUGAGCAGUCUUCAUCAGGUGGUGAUAUGUUUGCCAUCAGAAGACGCUGAUACACAGGAGGACAGUGCAGGACUGAGCAAGGAGGAAGCUCUCAGCAGAUACAACACGUUACUGCUGCGACUCCACCAAUCACAGCCCGCCUCCAUCCCUCUCACACUGCAUCAAAUAGGGCUGCAGUUGUGGAGGGAGAUGUUGGAUGGUUUAGCCAGUGAAGCUCAGAGGCUCAGACAUGUGCUAGGACUUCCUGAAAACCGUAACUGGGGAGAGACACAGCAUGAAUUAGACAGCAAGGAAGAGCCAAAGAAGGAGGAGGUGAUGGAAAGAAAAGCAGUGCCACUGAUUAAAGGAAAGGAGGAGAAGAAAGGAGCAGCCAAACCUGCAGCCAAGGACAAACCUGCAGAGGAGCAAGGCCGGACUAAGAACAAGCCCAAAGAGGAAGAGAAGGUGUUGGGUUUGGAGAAGGAGAUGAACAUGCCCACACAACAACAAGAAGACAUCAAAGCUGAACUACAGCAAAGAUACCGAUACACCCUACACCGGCAGGUGUAUGUGCUUAUGGAGAAAAUGAUUGAUUCUCUUGGAGAUCUCUUCGAGGGACAAAUCCAAGAAAACCUCCACAAAAGCAACUGAAACAUUUCUCUCUAUCAUUUAUCACAGUGCGCGUGCACACACACACACACACACACACACACAUACACACACACACACACACACAUACACACACACACACAGAUCUGCACCCGGCAUCAGUGUUACUCUAGUGUAUGUCAACACUAGAGAUGUUUCUAAUAGAGAGAGCCUUUUUAUAGCCCUCUGUCUCCAUGAUUGCUGUUUUCUUCAUUCAUUCCUGAAUGAAUGUCUCUCUUUAUCCCAACCCAUUCUUAUAUGCCCUGUCUCAUCCCCUAUCCAUCCACACAAAUCAUAUCUGGAUCCCAACCCCAUCCUUGCAAAGUCCUAUCUUCAUCCUCACAAGUUUUCUCACCUAUAUUCCUACCUCAUCCUCACAAAGUCUUAUUUCCAUUCUCACAAAUAUCAUCUGUAUCCCUACCUCAUCCUCACAAAGUGCACUCUCUCCAUCCUCACAAGGUUUCUCACCUAUUUCCAUACCUCAUCCUUGCAAUGUCCCUUCUCCAUCCCUUACCCAUCCUCACAACUUUUAUCCAUAUCUCUACCUCAUCCUCUCAAAGUCCUGUCUCCAUUCUCACAAGUUUUAUCUGUAUCUUUACCUCAUCCUCACAAAGUCCUGUCUCCAUUACCUCUCCAUCCUUACAAGUGUCAUCCAUAUCCCUACCUCAUCCUCACAGAGUCCCAUCUCCAUCCUCACAAGUUUGAUCCAUAUAACUAUCUCAUCCUCACAAAUUGUUCUCUUUAUUCUGACAAGUUUUCUCACCUAUAUCCCUACCUCAUCCUCAUAAAGUCCCAUCUCCAUCCUCACAAUUUCAUCUAUAUCCCUACUUCAUCCUCGCAAAGUCCUGUCUCCAUCCUCACAAAUCUCCAUCCUUAUGCAAUUUUUCCAAUGUCAUUUACAAUCCCAUCGUAUUCUCAGAAAAAAACAUCUCUAUCUCUGACCAAGCCUCGUAAAUCCUGUCUUGUCCUCACACUGUCGGUGUGACUGGAACCAGUACACCUGCUUUCAUAUGUACUGGAGGUGUACUGGAUUUACAGCUCUUUAUAAGUCGAGUGUUUAUGAGUUUAAAAAAAUCUUAUUAAAGGAGUUUUCCUUUC